AUCAAACAAAAUCCAGCUGAGCUCAACUCCAGUCAUGUUGUAGUUGGUUCCGACCAGCAAGGGGCAGCAGAGACACGGCGAACUGUCUGCAAACUGUUUAAGGACCAACCGACCCAGAUGAUUCAAAAAGAAUUGUUCAGUUUCUGCUUGGAGAGAAUCAGAGACUCGCUGAACAAUUUAGUUGUAAGAAGAUCUGGAUCGUUUCCAGCUUCAUUUCAUUCACUGAUAAAAAGAAAAACGGAAGGAUGAGUAAGACAACGGGAAUUCUUUCUGGAAUCACUUCACUGGCAUUUGGACGAGGUCAAUAAUGUUAGAAAUGUCCUCGCAGCGUUAAGGGACCCCGCAGGUAACCAAAUCCGUUCAGGUCCCCACAGUCAGAAAAACAGGUGAAUGUGUAUUUGUUUAAGCGUGUGUGUGCGUGUGUGUGCUUUUCCUGUUUUUGUGAGACCCGGUUCGGUUCCGGUUCUUUAACUGAAGACAUCUCUUCAUCUUGAGGACAGUGUCCAUCAGGGGGCCCUGCGGACCGGGCCGGGCCAGAACCCCGGUCCGGUCUGGUCCUGUCCGGUCCUCACAGAGACGGAAGGCCCGAACUAAUCGGUCCACCUUAAAUGUGCGAGUGUGAGCGUCACGUGACCGUGUUCCUGGAAAGUUCCUGGAAACCUGCGGUGUUGUUGUUUAUGGAGCUCCGGACCGCCGCGCCGCUCCACUAGGAACCAGGACCACGGACUCUGGUUCGGUGGUUCGGCUGCUAGGAGCUGCGUGACGGACCGCCGGUUCUGAUCCACCUACAGCCCCUCGUGGGUCGGCUGCAGCCGCCAUUAGUAGUUCUAGAGCCGGAGCAGGUUCGGAAGCGUCCGGACCCAGUCUGCAGGUGUACACCCGGUUCCGCUGGCAUGACGGCGGGUUGGCGGCGGACGACCCGGAGCUGUUAGCGGGCGGCUGGAUCGGAACCUCCCCGGCAGGUGGGUCCAGUUUGGGCACCAGGUGCUACCAGGAGGGCGGUUCUCCAGCCGUUCACAUCCCACCAACCUUUCCAGGUUUUCCGGUGGUUUUCCGAGUUGCAGGCUGAAGGUCGGAUCUGUCCGAUGACCUGCCAGUCCUCCGAAUCCCAGGAAGCCAUUGAGGACGCCAGAGGAGCCGACGACGGCGCCGGGACCGAGGAGUCGGACGAGAACCGCGUCGCCUCGGCCCUGAAGGAGCUCAGGAAGACAGGUUGGUACUGGGGCGGCCUGACGGCCAACGAGGCCAAAGAGAUCCUGCAGGACUCGUCGGAGGGCAGCUUCCUGCUGCGGGACAGCUCCCAGAGGGACUUCCUGUUCACCAUCUCCACCAUGACGUCCGCCGGCCCCACCAACCUGCGCAUCGAGUUCCGGCACGGGAAGUUCAAACUGGACUCGGUGGUUCUGGUGAAGCCCAAGCUGAAGCAAUUCGACAGCGUGGUCCACCUGGUGGAGCAUUACGUCCAGCUGUCCCGGACCGGUGGCCGCACCGCGCCGGCGCCGCCGGGCCCCAAUGGCACCGUGCAGCUGCUCCUCAUCAGGCCCGUGUACGCCGCCGUCCCGUCGCUGCAGCACCUGUGUCGGAUCGGCAUCAACCGGUCGGCCCGGCGGGUCCAGGACCUGCCCAUCCCCAACCGACUGAAGGACUACCUGACAGACUACGCCUACAACGUCUAGAGGUCGUCCAGAGGUCCUCCCAUCUGAGUCCAACGGCGUCCGGACCGGCCGUGUGUCUCUGCACGGAGCCGGGAACCGGUCCGGUUUCCUCUCCCAUCUCCAUGGUAACGGGAAGCAGAAUUCCUCUGAUUGUUCUGGAGAUUCCUGAACAGGUUUCCAGAAUCCUGACAUCAGGAAGACGGACGGACGGACGGAUCGGUCAUUUCAACUGAAACCCAAAGAGAAACGGGUCGGAGACGGGUCAGAGCAGCAGAACCGCCCUUAACCUCCUGCUCAGGUUGUUGAAAAUAUUUAUUGCUGUUCCUCUGAUGUUCUGGAGAAACGUUCCUGAUCAGUACCAGGCCCGGUUCUGGUGGAGCCCAGAGUAUCAUCUCUGUCUCCUACAGAACCACGGCUCGGCAAACCGGGUCUCAGCAGAACCAAACAGCUGCUUUGGUUCUGCUUACAACUUGAUUUUCUAUAAAAAUAUUUCUGGAAGCUGAUUGGCUGCAGCUCUGAUCACAUGAUUAAAGGCGCCGUGUCACUUCCUGUCUCCCAGAAUUCCUUCAGUACAGCUCAGGAUCACACCAGAACCAGAACCAGAACCUGAACCAGAUUGAAAAAUAUUCUCAGAGGUUACUUUUCAUGUGUGUUACCAUGGUAACCAGUUCAUCUAAUUUUCAAUUUCCUUGUUUGUUUGUUUUUUUUCUUUUCGCAAAUUUUUUUCCCAUUAAAUUUUCAUUUGUAGACAUUAAAAUUAGGGAAAAUAUUUUUCAGAUUUCCUUCAGAUUUUCUGAUUGAAACUCACAGGAUUUCUGAACCAGAGUUCUGUUUGGUUCUGAUCGGUCUGGUUCUGAUAAAAACCGAAGUAGAACAUUAAAGUGAGGGAAGCAGGAAGUGUGUGGGUAUUUUUCCUGAAGCCGGUCCCGCCGGAUCCCUGGAAGCGGGCAGAACUUGGUGAACUCCAUCCAGAACCGAGCGGCCCGGUAAACAGCAGGAACGGAGCGCUCUGAUUGGCCGACGGCCGGCCGUGACUCUGUUUGGCUCUCAUUGACGUAAACAAUCGUGUCGAUGGUGACGAGCGUCGGAGAGGUUGCUUUGACCCCUUCAGGCUUCGGUAGACUUUGAACCUGUAGUACUGCGGAGCUGUGAGCCAAUCAGAUUACAGGAAAACAUCAACCAUUGAGCUGUUGUCUGUUCCUACUUGACCUCUGACCUGCUGGUGGAUUUUAGAUCCUGCUUUCUAAAGAAACAGUUUAAUUUGAGUUUCAUCUGAGAAGUAUCAGAGAAAAACUCUCAUGUUUAGAAAAGAGUUGGAAAUCAAAACCUGAAUCUGCUAAAUUAUUGAGCUUUCAGAAAGUUAUUAGAAAUCAGUGAUAAAUGAAAACAAUUUGCUAAACGUGGAGCGUCAUGAAGUCAUGCCUGGAGAAGAGAAGGGGCCGGGAUCCAGCCCUGAGGAACACCACGGAUAAUCGCUGCCUGGAAUUAAACCAUAAAACUUCCUGGAGCUUAUUUGAGAUCCGAGCCGGUCCAGAGCAGCUCCGGGCUCAAGGUUCAGUUUGGUCGGGAUCAGGAUGGUUGUCAUGGUGACACAGCUAAAUUGACUCUGUUCAGGAAUAUUUAUUAAAUAUUAUCUAUCGAUCGAAUGAUUAAACAGAUGAAAUAUUAAAAGCACAGCAGUCUGGGAUAGAUUAGGAUGAUUUGACGUCUUUGAUAAACGACCAACAGUCAUUCAGACAAAUGUUCAUUUAUUCAGUAAAAAAAACUAAAAGUGGUUAUUUACAAUAAAUUUUAGUUAAACCAAAGAGCAGAACAAUGCUUUGAUUUUGAAUAUCAGUUUUUUCUGUUAAGUUUGUUGUUUAAUAAAGUGUAUUGGUAUUUCCUGA